AUGAGUUUGGAAUCAUUAAAGACAGAGGAAACUCAAGAGAGAAGAGUCGAAAAUCGUAAGUAUUUUCGAGACACGAUGAAACUUCAAAAAGCUAACAAGUAUACUAUCUACCCUCUCUCCUUUGAGUUAGGACUGACAUUACCAAAACUUAGUGAAUAGGAAAAAGUACUCUUUUUAUAACCAUUUAGAUCUUCAGCAAGUUUUGCCGUUUUAUGAUCAACUUCAGUUACAGGUUAACCGUUUCAUUUAAGUAUUUGUAUUGUUAAAGUACGCUGUACUUGUGAAAGAUAUUCUUAGUACAACUAUUUACUGAAAUAAAGCCCUUAAGCAACAUUUUCCAAUAGCUAAGGCUACGGAGCUGUUUUUUAAACUUCUUAAUUGCUAUCGACUGUGUGAAUGAAUUCUGGUUUGCAAUUGGCAAGGACAGAAACUUUCAGGAAAGAAACUUUCAAGUAUUUCAUUUAGUAUAGCGUAAGUGUAACUUUUGUUAUACUCACUCGGGCUUAAUACUUAUGACGAUUUGAUGGAUCCCAAAUUCUUCGUUGAUCUCAUAUCUCUCGAUGUUCUUCUACCUUCUAAUGCUUGUCAUGUUCCCUUUUCUUCAUCUACAGAAGACGGAGAGAUAAUUGCAAAGUUUAACCGCGCUUUGGCAUCCAUUACUACAGACGGGUAAAUAUUCGAACCUCGAUUAAAUGCGGUUUAAUAAGUAUUCCUUUAGAAGUAUGCUGGUGUGAAAAGCUUCGUGACGGAUACAAAGAAGUUAAGAACGAGAGCUCACUUCGAGAGGAAACGGUUUUGCAAAUUCAAUACGCUAAUAAAAGAUUUUUGACAGUAAAGAGAAAAAUUUGUUCAUUGCAUGGUUUACUAAGUGGGUGAUUCAAGAUGAGUAUGGAAAGAGAGAGCUGAAACCGAUUCCAGUGAAUACGAGAUCAAACGACAGCUAGUCCUUGGACGAAAUACUAAGUGUGACCAUUCAAAUGAAACCUCGGCUUUAGCGGUACUUUCAUAUGAUGCUGUUUGUUUAGUAUUUAGUUCUAACGUCUGUGGAUGAAAUCCUAUGGUGUGGCCAUUUAAAUGAAACCUCCUCAGCAGUACUUUCAAAUGGUGCUAUUUAUUUAGUAAACUAUGCAGUCUUUGGGCAGAGAUGCUAUUAUAGUGUGACCCAGCCCUUUGCUUAUAUUUUCAAUUGUACUAUUUGUUUUCCGACCUUCGAAAAACUAAAACUGGGAUAUUCCUUCUCAUAUAUUCAAAUUAUUUGGCCGUUGGCACGAGCACAGGACGAAAGAAGACUACAUUAAGAGCGAGUUUUAAUUCAAGUACUUUACAAAAAAGUCACUUAACAUUAAAAGAAAAACGCAAAAGGCCCUUAUUAUUUUACCAAAUGGCAACAUUUUACUUUAAUUCAUAAUUUUUUUAGAGCUAGCAAAACAAGAGUUUAUAUUCUCACAAAGUAUUGCAUCAACUUUCAAUUCAUUUAAUACCAUUUUAAUUCAACUUAAAACUUUGUUUAAAUACAAAUUCGUCAAUUUUCGGCGGUUCGGGUAUCUUAAAAAGGAGACAGUUCUCAUUUAUAAAUUACAAUUUUAUUCAAAAUGUCCAUGAGUGAAAAAUUGUGUGAGAAAUUGUUACUUUCUGAAAUUAACGGACCUUCUUGUCUCGAAAGUUUACAUUAGUUUGUCAGGCGACUGGUGAUCACGGGGCGACAAAAUGGUUUAAAUUUUAUUUUUUAAGUGUGAUUAAGCAGUGCCCCGAUGAUUAUUGAAAACUACUGCACUACAAAACAUAAUCUUAAAGAAAAAUACGAGUUGAAUGUGAAGAAAUAAUUUUUAUAUUUCUCUUCGAGGGUAAAUAUUGCCCAAUACGUGUAGCCUGCCUGCUCCGCCUGGCGAUGCAAUAACAAAUACGUGCUAUUAUUUUCCGGUGGGUGGGUGAAUUCAUGAAUAGUUAUUUUGAAUAUCGUGACUAAAUCAAGCAGUGUAAAUAUCGUUGUAAUUGGGGGCUAAAUAUCCCAUGCAUUUUUUUAAAAUUAAAAAAGUUCCUAAAUGUUAUUCUCUAAACCUCAGAGUCAAAGAUAAAAUUUUGCUGUUUUCUAAGAUAUGACGUCACGCUACUUCAGAAAUCGGCAUAGAUUUUACCAAGGAACAAAACGUAUUACAUCUUUUAAACCUUUUAUUUUUAGCGAUCAGUUCUAGGAUAGAGAAAUAAAGAUGAAAUUAUUAAUGUCUCUUACUGUUAAUAUAUUUUUUAGAUUUCCAGUUCAGAUGGGAACUAUUAGUGGUAACUUGUGUCAUAUUCCUCACAAGAAGUUUAAAUUAUCGUGAGUAGAAACCAUUUUCCCCAUGUGUGCUGUUUUUAGCCUAAGAAAAAUCUUGUAAAUUUGUAUUUCUUUUCGAUUCCUUUCUCGAAUUAACACCUCGUUGGAGAGAGCAACCUUAUGUCCACACGACUCCAGGACUGAUCUGCUUGCUGUAUUGGAAUAAAUAGUAGUGGUUAAGUUUUGAUAAAAAUUACCGUCCUAAACUAUAAGUCCGUGUCUUUGAAUAUCAUUGCCAGAAUGGAGAAAGAUCACAAGUUGAAACAAAUUGGGCACUCUUUCUCAAGUUCAUGUGCUGUUAAAAAAAAAAUACAAAAAAAAAUGAUUGUGCUCUUUUUCCCUGCAAGAAAACCACUUGAUAUCUUUCUAGGAGAUUUCCUUGUUUAAAAAGGUGACGAGAGAUACUUAGUUAUAAUUUUAGCUCAGUUUUGACCUAAAAAUAUGGAACCGUAGCCUAAGACAAGUUAUUUCAGCCAUUCAAGGUCUUUAUUCUCUGUAUUUUACUGUGCGGCGUGUAACACAGGCUAAAUUUGUUUAUUUAUGCUCCUUAGGUCCACUCUUUGGUAUCCUGAAGCACCCAUACACUAUCCGGUACCAGGGGCGUUCGCGUAUCACUACCUUUUAGGCCACGAUCGAAUGGUCCAUGAUCGACAAAGAGCGUUCCACGCCAAUGAAGCUGAGGCAGGUAUUUUACAGGUGAGGCAGCUGCGCAUUGUAACUUAAAGACUGUGUGCCAGUGUAGUAUUUUUAAAGAGAAACAUGAUCCCGUUUUGCAAUGUUGAUAUAAGUAAGAAAUAUGACGCAGUUGGACACUAGAACUGCACUAAAACAAACCUUAUUAUAGGGACUGCGUUGUUUGAACAAGAUUGGUAGACGAUUUCAACUUUGACAAUGUCAUAUCCUUAUGGGAAUGCUCCUUUAACAUGUUGAUAAAUAAAAUGUUAUCUUGCCUUUUUGACCAGCUAUAAAACCUUCAUACCAGUAAUUGGAAGCACGUAAAAACUCGUAUAAACGUAUCUGUGCAUUCCAGAUCGAAUUAGAAUUUGGAAAUGUUGGUUUAUGAGGAGAGGGGAAAACCGGAGUACCUCGAAAAAAGCCCCUCAGAGCAAAAGAGAGAACCAACAACAAACUCAACCUAUACAUGGCAUCGAAGCUAGGAUCUGAACCCGAGCCACAUUAGUGAGAGACGAGUGCCUUCACCACUACGCCACCCUUGCUCUCCUUAAGCGUUUAAUUGAUUUCCCCGAAGACUUGGAAGAAUUCCAAAGAUCCUGUCACUUUAAACUGAAGGGAAUCGCACAUACGACCAUUGCAAUUCUCACAUCUCAUACUGAUAUAUUUUACUCUUAAAAGGCGAUCAAGGAAUAUGACGAAUUCGAAGAAUGGAUUGACGGAUCUACAAAACUUCGUUACUCACCCUACAGCCGAGAGGCGCAGGCACACAUCUCUGGGUGGGCAAUGAAAUACACAAACAAUCACAACAAAUUUGUACUAAAGAAGACCUGUGUCGGUGUACUGCUUUGUAGUAAGGAUUGUACUCUACCAAAUGGACUCAAGAUUGUCGUUAGACCCGCUAUUUCUGAUAAAGGUAAAGUUUGUUGAAACGAAGUCACCCAGGUUUUAAUUGAACCCCUUUUUUAUAGCGGUCAGUUAUGGAAAUAUUAGUGUAAUCGAUAUUUCUAAUUUUUAAGUUUCUGGGAAAAAUCCUAUGUUUUUACCAUUUAAAUAAAACCUUUUCAGUUUUAGUUUCACACGGCUUGUAUUUACCAGCGUAUCUUAAACAAAUUUCUCUUUAUUUGCCACAAUUGUUUUUGUCAUGGUGCCUUCAUAUGCCAUUGCCAAAACUGACUAACAGCCAGGCUUCUCUUUACCUUACUGAUGCGUUGAAAAGUGACCGCCUUCCAACAUCAUCUGCUCACUGAACCCUUUAUUACGCGAUGGCGAAUCGUUCACUCAAGUGUAGGCUACGAGUAGUCCCACAUUUUUCCUCAUGGAUAGUAGAGCGUGCGAAACGAGAGCGCGCGUGAAAAUCGCCCCACGCGAGAAAAGGUGGUGUGAUUCUCACGCGCGCUCGCGUUUCACUCGCCCUACUAUCCUUGAGGAAAAAUGGGGGACUACUCGUAGUCUAACUCAAGUGUAAUGAUUGUUAUAAACCUUUUUAAUUCAUUAUUUGCAGUUCGAGAAAGACAAAUGGGUCAAAACUGCCCCAAUGCCACAUGUGCUGGAAAACUAGUUCACAGAAAGUGCACAGGUAAUCAUAAAAAUAAUCAAUAUUACGUGAAAAUAAAUGUUUAAUACUUCCUAGUUCAACGGAACUGUUUUUGCCUUAAUUUCGGCACUCUAUUAACCACGUUUUCUCAGGUGUUUCUUUGAUAAAAUCUAGCACUGACAUUUGACAGCCUUACGUAGCAACCUUUGAGAACGCCGUUGAAGGUAUACUACACAACGUCAUUUAAUUGAAUUCCUUUUUCCUUUAGGAAACAAUGGGUAUCCUGUGACUCAUUUCUGGGUUCAUCAAGAGGAUGGGAUUUAUUUUGAAUCUAAAGGAACGCACGAUCACUUCAGACCUCAAGCAAGAAGAGCAACACCAGAUAGAAACUCGAACAACAAACAGAACGCGAAACAGAACAACGAACAAGAGGAAAACACAGAGGAAAAGGCAGAAAAACGGGAGGUAAUAAAGCAAGUCUGUUGCACAACAAGUUACUGUUGUAACUUGUAGUUAAGAGUACACUGUCAUGGGGCUGUCACUCGCGCUGCCGAGAAACAAUCACGUGCUCACCUGAAGAUAAUCACGUGCACUAUCAUGUGAUAGUCGAGUGCACCCUUAAAGAAAUCUAAAAAUAUUCACAUUGCCCCAAAACUGGUUAAUUAAAGAUUUAACAGAAUGAUUCCGCCAUUAGAUUUUCUGAUCUGGCAAUGAGACAAAAAUACUUAUAACAGUGUUUUUUCCGAUUUUUUUCUUCACAGAGUUCUUCUUCAUCGACUGACGGAAAGAAAUACAAGUCUAGAAAGCGACCACAUGCCGAGAACGACAAUUUACUGGAAAAAGACGCUAGUGUUACCCAUUUUCCUGCUUCGCUUUCCGUAGGUUUACUAAGGGGCUAUUCAUUGGAUGAAGAAGAUCAGUAUGUUUGCUUAACGUUGCCCGAGUCAGAGACUCUCUUCCAAAGGGCACUGUCACAUGAUCAAAAUACAAUCACGUACGGGAAACUAUACUUACUUUGCCAGACUUUCAAUGACGUUGUUCCCGGAUUUAAUUUGUUAGAAACCCGGAUGAUUUCUCGUAACGUUAUGGGGUGGCCUGUUGUUAUGGCGACGCUUUACAGACAAGGAUCAAAGGAAGGGCAAAUUCAUCACAUGAAAACACUGGCUCGCCUGUGUUCUACGCCUCGGGAGGAUUUCUUUUCGCCUAAGGUAAAGCAUCAAAAGUUUCUUGAACCUUCAUUGUGAGUAAAACAAAUUAAAUGAAGAAUAAAACUGAAAACAUAUAUUUUAUUUAAAUAUACCAAAUAGUAGAAAUAGAAACCGUCAGAAAGGUCAAUAUCUGUAAAAGCCACUUAACUGUCGGCAGUGGAUGAUGGCUCGUUUGGAAAAAGGAGUCAAAACUUAUAUGUAGGAGAAAAUAAAAUAGUAUAAAAUUUACAAUAAUUGCUGCUGAGUGUUUUAAAAAAAUCUAAAUCAAAUGGCUUCCUUUUCUACCCUGGAAAAGAUACAGUGCAAACAUUAUGACAACGGGCACUUACCAUUUACAUUGGAAAACCGGAAGAUCCGGUUUGGAAAUCACAUGAUUCGCGCUAUUCCGUCGGGGACGCUUCAGAAAACAUUUUUCUGCAUAUUUUAAUCUGUUCAGCUGAUUUGGAUGGACCUUUUAGCGGGUUGUUUCACCCACCUCGUUAAAUUUAUAAUUUUUAUGUUUAUGCACAAGAUUUCCACUGCCCUGGUAAUUUUUGUAAAAAUAUUACGUGCCCCGUGUGUCUAAUUGUUUCCUUUCCUCGACCGCAGUGGCAGAUGGUUAUUCACGACUUUCCAGCUGACCAGUCCCAAAUGGUGACGGAGGCGAUAGUGAACAUGAUCAUCAAUUCCCAAGUACAGACACUGCUUAAAGUGUUCCAGUACAAAAGCGUAAGUUCUUUGUACAAGAUGCUCAGAGAAAAGAUAACCAGCAGUCUUCAGAGUUAUGACAUGCACUUUGAGCUGUGCAAACGGGAAAUCAUCUCCAGACUUCAGGAUCCCGUACUUACAAUGAAGUUCCGAGACAUGACGCAAAGGCUCAUGGGGAACAAGUGCAGCACUCAGGAAUAUGUGAGCACGGAUUGUAUGCUCUCUGGUAAGAAAAUUUUCAAAUAAGGUUUUUUUGAAAAUAAUAUGUUUUGCUAUACGAAACCAGGAGAGAUUAAUGGGAUAGAGUCUAUCCCUUAGGAUAUGUGAAUUUCACCAAAGUCAUUAUUAGAGCAAUUAAACGAUUGAAAUUAAUCGGAAGUUGAUUGCGAGAGGUCAGCAAACUUUUAUUCAGUGUUGUAAAGAGAGAAUUAAACAGUUACCAUUGCAAUAUUCUGAAUGGUUUGCUUUGAGGCAGUAGCACGUGUACUUGAUGACGUUUCAAAAAAACUGAUUAAGAUGUGCAGACGGCUCAGGAGUUAGACUUCCGUUUCAUGACAACCUCUAAAAAUAACUUUAGUAAAAUUUACAUAGCCUAGCCAACGCCCUAAGAUUAUUUCUUUGUCCCAUAAUUCUCUCUUGAUGAAACAUAAUGAAUAUUAAUAGAUAAUGAUAACAGAAGAGCCGAAAUGUACACCUCCCCGCCUUUAUUAGAGUCUUUGCCAAAAACGUCAAGGCUUGACAAAUGGAAGACCAAUAACAUCACAACAGCUUCAAUCAGGUUAACAAGUAGAGUAAUAAAAUCAACUGGUGAUCACAACUCAUUUUGAUUCUAAUAAUAGGCCUCUGUACAGUUCCGUGAAACGUCAGUGACUGUCAUAAACAAUCCUAUUAAGGAUUACACUAACCCAGACGAUUAUAUUCCACCUACUUAGUAUGACAUCGAGUUCAAACGAUUUACAAUGCUUAGCAAUCCUACAAGCGAAAAUACCAAAUUUUGUUUGUACAAACGUUGUCCCCCCGAAAAAAAGGAUUCUUGAAAUACUCACCGACUUCUUUGUUUUCAUUUUAUCACAGGGGGUAUUUUUGGUUCCGUCAUUCGAGAAUUCUGGAACUUUUGGGGAAGUAACAUUGUCGCUCCUAAAGUGUUUUCUGUAGCUGGUGAACUUGUGGGAGACAGAGGAAAGUCUGAACAAUGGCAAAGAAGAAAAGCAGGUGAGAAGCUGAAAAAGAUUUUAAUUUUAAAAUGAUUACACAACUGAUAAAUGUAAUCAUUUGAUUCUCCAUGUGAUUUUUCAGAGUAGUUUGGUGAUGGAUCUUAGUUAGGCUACUGGUGCUUCGCUGAUGUCGUCACACUUUGCUUAGAGGCAUAAAUCAGUUGACUUAUGAUAUGAAGGGGUUCCUGGGCCAGGGGAUUGGUUUCAAGCAACUAUAAAGAAAAAUUUUCCUGCUUUAUUGAAAUGCGAAAAAGCCAAAAUUUCUUACAAUAAAAAUUUCCUCUCUUGCUAAAAAAGGAUAAUCUGACAUGAUGACGUCAUCUUACUACAACUACCAGAAUCCUUCAGUUUGUUGUUUUCUUUUACAAAUUAGAGCUCCUUUCUGUUAAACUCCAACGAGAUUGACAAAUUUAAGUACGGAAGAAAAAUCAAAAUGAAUGCCGAAAGUUGUAGUCAAAUGUAGUCAUUGUGAAAAUGGCCUAAUGACUCAAGGAAGUGGAAGACAAAGUAAAAUCAAUCGUUUUAACUUGCGUUUUGUCAUAAAACUUAAGAAUUUAUUUCUUUUAAUCUUAUCAGGACUCGACUUUUCCGGUGAUCCUAAGAAGGUUACCCUUCAAAGAAUGAGCGAGGUGGUGGUCACGUGGUGUCACUAUCAGUCUGAUCAUUGGCCGAAAUCAGGUGGGUGACGUAAUUGCUUUGUUUUGAGCACGCGCAAAAUGGUGACAAUGAAAAUCAUAGUCACAACUAGUCCCGGAGCUAACACUUCUGUUUUUUUUCCAGUCGUUCAAGAAAGUAUGGCGAAUUUCUCACAUCUAAGACCCGGACAAAAGGGACUGCUUUUCAACAUUGAACGACCUGGGUCCGCAUUCCAUCGGCCGGUGACCUACUCCAGUCUGAACAUGCCAAGAUUUCACUGGAUGUGAGAUGAACUAGUGAUACAGAAGC